GCAGCUGAUCUCAUUUUACUGUGCUGAUGCUAAGCUAACAGUUCCCCUCUGUUUCCAAGCACAUCUCAACAACUGUUUACUUCUGUUUACUGUCAGAAUGCUACACUUGUCGGUACCCCAGCUAACAGUUAUAGUGCUGACCUGGUUUUAAGUGACAGUAAAUGUAUGUGUGUUGUGUGUUUGUGUGUGCGUUAGCGAGGGAGAGAGAGAGAGAGAGAGACGUAGAUUAAAGUGAGGGUCGGGGGUAAAGUUCUGGUUUGAAUGAAUGUCAGUUGAUGAAGUCCUAGAAAGAAUAGCUGCACAAGUGUAUGUGUGUGUUGCUGUGGCAACAAUUGCAUCAACAUCAAAACACUAUUAAUCAAAAAGGAGUGUGUGUGUCUCUGUGUGUCUCUGUGUGUGUUUAUACAGUUGUAAUGAGGACACCCACAGUUGCUGAAACCCUGGAGCCACAAGGUUUUUACAGUUCAAGGUGAGAAUUCAAGACCUAGUUGUGUGGGGGAGGUGUAGGGGGGGUAAGGUGGGAAAGGCAGGGCGUGGCCCCUGGGCUGGACCACCUGUGCAGACCUUGAUCCUGGUCCUGGUCCUGGUUCUGCUGAGGCUGAAUAAAGAAGUUCUUAUUGAUUUUCCACAAAACCGUAUGAAGGGUGUGUGUGUGUGUGUGUGUGUGUGUGCGCGCAGAUGUACAGCUGAGACCUGAUCUGUCACGUGACCACCUCCCCAGAGACCCCACCCUCAACAAGCAAACUUCUUCCAGGAUUGUUACCACAAUGACAGCUGCUUCCUGCUCACACAUGAGGUAAUCACCUUCUACACACACACACACACACACAAACCUAUUGAGGAGUGAAGCUGACUUUUGUUUUUGUUUUUUUCAUUGUGUCCUAAUUCAUUUGUGUUUACAGUCUUUACAGUUCACAUGAUUCAUAAUAGUGGUUCUCAAACGGGGUACGCCUUUCCCUGGUUGUACCUGAAGUAUAAAACAAUUUGCCAGAAUGCCUCAAGCUGAUCAGGGAGAACUUUGGUGUCAAAAUAUUUCACACAGGUAAAAGUCCUGUUAAAGAAAGACUUCAGAGAACCACUCAUUUACAGUACUGGGGAGUUUAAUGCUACACUGAAUUGUUCCACUUAUCCUGUUGCUAUGCUAACACGUGUGCUUUGAUGCUGCUGAGCCAACUGUAAGCCUGGUACUAAUUUAAGCUGCACAGAAGCUGAACUGAUGUUUUGUUCUGUUGAAAAUUUCCAAGUGAUAAAUAAAAUAAGAUGACAAAAGUUCCCUUGGUUUAAGUCAGAAUGAUGAAAACACUCCACUUAAUCGUUAGCUGGUCUCAUUUAUAGCCAUGAGACCCAUGUGGUACAUGUACCAGUAGCCAGAUGGACUGGAGCUUACUCAUGAUUUGACUCAAACUAAUAACACUGAUGGUAUCAAGUAGUUGGACAAAUGUAAAAGUCCCUCUAUUUGUCAUCAUAUUACUGAUUUACAUAAUUCUGUCCCCAUGGUAACCAGGCCACACGGUGGUCAGUGGUGAGUUCUGUUGCCUCACAAUGUCUUUCUGUGCAUGUUGUUUUUCCAGGAUCCUUCCCAGUCCAGGUUUAUUUUUUACACUAAAUCCACUGUAGGUCUGAGUGCGUGAGAAUGGUGGUCUCAACAUGUGGCCUGCGUGAUGCCCGGGAGAUGCCACGCCCUCGCCUGACGACUGCUGGAAUUGGAUCCUGUAAAGCAGUGAGCUGUAGAAGGUAAAUAUGAAGGUGACGGUGACACUGUAACAAACAAUAACACUGUGACAUCACUGUGUGAGACAGUCGAGGGUCACACAAGGUCAAGACGACCAGACAGUGAGAGUGGGGCAGCUAGCUGGAGCUGCAGUUCUAACCCAUUCUUACCCCCUGCCCCCCCGCCCCAUCCUCCUCCUCUCCCUCCUCCCUGACUUGGAUUGCCCUCCCCUGUUGGACAGGGUGUCGUCAUGGGGAUGGGGUAAACACAUGACAACAAGAGCGUGUGAAGUUCAGAGCUUCAGACACUGCUGUGGAGACACGCAGGAGAGGGAAGACAGACACAGAAGGACAGGGGGACAGGGGAGACACUGAGACACAGAUCACUUCCAUCAUGGCAGAGGGCGCUGACAUGGAGCAUCUCCAGGAGGCUUUUAAAAGGUUUGCCAUUCACGGAGACACAAAAGCAACGGGAAAAGAACUGAACGGGAAGAACUGGGCCAAACUCUGCAAGGACUCGAAGAUCAUCGAUGGAAAGAACGUGACCAGUACAGACGUUGACAUCGUGUUCUCCAAAGUCAAGCAGAAGACCUCCCGUGUCAUCACUUACCCAGAGUUCCUCAAAGCCCUGCAGGACCUCGCUCCUAAGCGUUUCAGAGGACAAAGCCAGGAGGAGGCGCUAAUGUCUAUCUACAGGCUGGUGGAAAAAGGAGGACCGACCAACACUGGUGUGACGAAAGUGACCAAAGCAGGAGCUGUGGACCGGCUCACUGACACGGCCCGCUACACCGGGUCACACAAGGAACGCUUCGAUGAGAGCGGCAAAGGCAAAGGUCGUGAGGGUCGCGAGGACCUGGUGGAGAACACAGGUUAUGUGGGAGCGUACAAGAACGCUGGGAAAUACGAUGACAAGUUGAAGGGCGAGAAAUGAGGAAGGCAGGAAGGUGCGCGUCUGUGUCUGUGUGUGUGUGUGUGUCCGUGUCCUUAACAUAACAUGACAGAAGUGAUGGCGUUUAAAGAGGUGACAUCACUGUUUUACAUCUAUUUAUCUGCGUCUUAUUUUAGUCUUUGGAUCCAGAACUGGAUGAAACUGAUCGUCUGUCCACAUUUACGAUGUUACACUAGUUCACAUCAUGUGUACUUAGGCAGCCUCUAAAGGCACUGAUUAUUAAGUCAAACUGGAUUUCACAUUUAUUCCACUGGAAUGACCUGGAAUCAAUUCACACAUGGGGAAAUGUAAUCAGAGUUCCUCUGCGUUGUUUCUUUUUACAUCAUCAAUUAUGACUGAAAAAUGUGAAAAUUAUUCCAAAUAGACAUUAAAUGAUCAAAUUCCUUUUAAUGUAGAGGAAGAACUGUGUACCAGAUUUUACUGUGUACAUUUUCCAUUAAGUAUUUUAAUGUUGACCACAAAGAAACCAAGGUCUACUAAUACUUACUGUAUGUUCCCAGGGUUUUAUUGGCAUCUAAAUCAACAUGAUGAUGUGGAAACAAUUCAUUUCUUGUACUCGUACUACUUGUGUCCAACGUUAGGCCAACUAAUUCACUGGGCCUAAGGCUAAAGUCAUAAAGAGCCAAGACUUAGCUUACACUUCUACAGGAGCUAAUUGUAACCUAACUAUACUACUUUUGCUAAUGCUAAACUAACUAAACUGCCGAUACUAGGUGUAUUAUGGUUACUGGGAUUUGGCUCAGGGUAAGUAUGUUUCUUGGCCUAAUGUUAAUCUACCUAGCUAACAGUACUGCUUAGGUACGUUAAAGUAACUUGCUAAGUAUACUUAUAGGGUAUUAUAAGUAAGUUUUCUUCAGGACUCUCUAGACUCUAGAGCAUUUGUAUAGCUUCCUUUGCUAAGUUUUGUAAGUCUACCUAUGUAAACUUAUCUGGAUUUAAUGCAUACGUUUGGGGAGCUAAUGUCAAA